AAAUAAAAAAAGUUCAAUUUGUUGUGUGGUAAGAUGUCUUUUUAACAACAAGACCAGUAAUAAAAAACAUUUUAAAAGAUGCAGGUUGUCACAGUCUUUUUUUUAUUUUUUAAAUACCAACUCUGCUACAUUUAUGUCCUGACUUGUUCUUUCUAUUUUAAGUGAUUCUCAUUUUUUAAAAUGUUAUUAUCUCAAUCUUGCUGCUUAUUUCCCCCAUGAAAUGCAAAUGUAGCCUCAAAGCUCAGCCAAUGAAAUAAAUCCUCCUAACUCUGAUGAUCACUAUAAAAAGGUGAGGCAUCAUGAGUUUAGGAGACCCACAUUGGAGGGAGCCACCAUGACGCCUUACUUUGUUCUCGUUCUGCUGCUCUCAGCAUCGGUUGUGGUAUCAGGAAGCAUCGAAAAGAGGAUUGUUGGGAGUAAAUCUUGUGAUAAGGACAGGCAGUACCACGUCCAGAUAAAUGUUGUUGCGGGGGGGAAGACAUGUGGAGGGGCUCUGCUGAACACCCGCUGGCUCAUCACUGCUUCUCACUGUGCAGAACAGAAAGUCAAAGUGCAGCUUGGGUUAAACAACGAUGUGUCAUUCUUUACAAAAGCCAAAUCUUUCUUUAAAGGAAACUCCAAAAAACACGAGCAGGAAAUCAACACCAACCAACAGUUUACCUUCAAAGAUGAAAGCGGUAAUUCUCAUGACAUUAUGCUGAUAAAACUGAACGAGGACAUGUCAGCCAAACUUCCAGCCAUCGGCCUUCCUCCGCUGGGCUGUAAAAGGCCAGAGCUGAAAAGCAAAGUUGAGAUUGGAGGCAUGGGAUCCAAGAAAGCAGGUGCAAAGCCUGAAAGUAGUGUGAGGUGUGCAAGCACAGAGAUCUCUGAAUGUGGAGAGAAUGAUAAACCUGCCAGUAAAUACCACAGUGAUGAGUCCACCACAAUGUGUGCUUUCAAGCCUGGAGUGGAGGCCUGUUAUGGAGAUUCAGGCUCAGCUGUGGAGUUUGACGGAGUGUUACACGGAAUCAUCGUGAGCGACCCUACGGAUAAAUGUGCCAACACCAUCGUGAUGUUGGAUAUCUGCCACUACAGACAGUGGAUUGAAGACACCAUGAAAAAAUAGUCAACCUAAGAAAUCCCUGAUAAUCAUUACAAUCAGCCAAACUGGAAAAUUUGAUGAUUUCAGAAUCCAGCAAACCAGUUUAAACCUGCUUUUGGCAUAAUUAUUCAAUUCCUCACUGAAUAAAAAGAUUUGGUUCAUCAGAGUUGAUGUUUUUUCUUGUUAUGGGGUGAAUCUGUCUACAUUUGCAUAACUGUAUAUUGAAAAAGGAAUGUUUUGACUUCCACAUGGCAGAAAAGGCCCACACGCAGGGCUGGAGCUACAGGGGACAUGGGGGGACAUCUUCCCUGCAGGGGAAAAAAAAAAAAAA